AUGAUGAUUGAGAAACACACACUUUCUGAUGAUAUGGAUGCAUGUUUGGAGAAGUCGGAGACAUUGGGUUGGGAUGAGUCGGAUGCGAAAUACGAAACAGCGCUUUUGCUUUUUGGUGAGAGUGCCGAUCUUAGGAAACUGUGGGUACGUCUUAAGCCGCAGAAUUGUGAGAAAUGGGUUAAGAAUGCGGGAGCGAAGUACCUUAUGGAUUCGGACGAUGAGAUUAUAGUUAUCAUGAUCUUUUGUUGGUAUUGGGUUUCAUUAGCCUCGAGAAUAAAUGUUGAAAGGAUAAGAGACUUGAAUUCGGCAUUAACCGGUCAUGAAUACACGCAAGAAUUAUUGCAUGGUACUUCUACACAAUGUCAUGAGAUGAUGCGUCUUUCACGUGAUGCAUUUAUACUAUUAUGCAAUCAUUUUAAACAAAAAAAUUGGGUGCAAAGUAGUAGGUCAAUAAGCUUGGAAGAAAAGUUGGCUAUGUUUUUGAUGGUCAUUGGACAUAAUGAACGUUUUCGAAUGGUUAAACGAAGGUUCCAACACUCAACGGAAACAAUUCAUAGAUGUUUUCAUGAGGUCCUAAAGGCAAUGAUGAAUUUCGCAAGAGAAGUUAUAGUUCCAACAUCUUCUUAUGUAAGCGCAAAUAACUCCGAACGACAUAGAAGGCUAAAAGAAAUAUUUCCUGGAGCAAUAGGUGCCUUAGAUGGAACUCUUAUACAUGCGAUCGUGCCUGUUGAUCAACAGACUCGUUACAGGGGAAGAGGAAAAGAUAAGUAUUACCUUUGUGACGCUGCAUACACCAACACUCGUGGAUUUAUGACUCCCUACCGUGGUACGAGGUAUUGGUUAGCCGAUUUUAGACGACAACGUGCGUUAACUAAGGAAGAAAGAUUCACUCAUGCUCACGCACAACUCAUAAAUGUCAUUGAACGUGCAUAUGGUGUUCUAAAGGCGAGAUUCCCAAUCCUAAAGCAAAUGGCUCCCUUUUCUUUUCCAAUACAAAGAGACAUUGUGAUUGCUUGUUUCGCCGUCCAUAAUUUUAUAAGGAAAUGCAAUAUUUAUGAUCAGUUAUUUAUGGACUAUGAUGAGAACACGAUGUUUCAUGAAAUGCAAAGUGGGGAAAAUGAUGGCCUGCUAGUUCAAGACAUAGAGUGGGGUUCACAAGGUAUUGACUACAUGACUUCUUUACGUAACCAGAUUGCUAAUCAGUUGCUUUCAAAUGAAUCAAAUUAA